AUGGCCUCAAGUGACACAGCUUCCAAGGGCUCGUUCCCACCAACCCUAAAGCUCAACGACGGCAAUGAGAUCCCAGUGCUCGCAUACGGCCUCGGAACCGCCAACUACAAGAGCACCUCGGGCUACGACCAAGGGCAAGCGCAGCCACGCCCCCACCAGCACACCAGACGCACUAACAAGAGCCCAGUGUACGGAAACGAAGAAGAGCUCGGCGCGGCCAUCAAGGCGUCCGGCGUCCCCAGAAGCCAGCUCUUCGUCACCACCAAGGCGCACGGCGAGCAGCAAAAGCCCACGCAGGAAGCCUUCGAGCUGUCCCUCCAGAAGCUGGGCCUCGACCACGUCGACCUCUACCUCCUCCACGGGCCCUGGUUCGCCGCCUCGCACGAGGAGCUGCAGCAGAAGUGGGCCGACCUCGAGGCCAUCAAGGCCUCGGGCAAGGCCAAGUCCAUCGGCGUCUCCAACUUCCUCCAGGAGCACGUCGAGGUCAUCCUUCAGACGGCCAAGGUGGUCCCGGCCAUCAACCAGAUCGAGUACCACCCGUACCUCCAGCACGGCGACCUGGUCGCCUUCCACAAGAAGCACAACAUUGCUGUUUCGUGCUACGGCCCGUUGCUUCCGCUGACGAGGGCCAAGGGCGGGCCCAUUGACGCCGUGUGGUCGGAGCUGGCGGGCAAGUAUGGCGUUUCCGAGUCUGAGAUUGGACUGAGGUGGAUCUUGGACCAGGGCCUGGUUGCGCUCACGACGAGCUCGAAUAAGGGCCGGCUGCAGGACUAUCUGGCCAAGUUGGGUACGUUUGAGCUCACGCAGGAGGAGGUGGCGCGGAUAGCGGAGGUGGGCAACCGGUAUCACUUUCGUGGUUUUUGGUUGAACAAAUUUGGCCCGGAUGACAGGCGGUAA